UUGCUGAUAAAAUGGCUGUUCUCAGAUUGUAGCCCCCUUUCAUGAUUUGGGUCUGAAUCAUUGGAGGAUGGAGAUGUCUACCCAGCGAGAUAAUUCUGGUCCCAACAAAGUUUCAGGAUCAAGUUCUUGCCUAUAUGAUCUCUUAUGUUCAGACGCACCGACUUGGAGAUGCCCAAGUGACCGACGAACACAAUCUGGUCCACAAGAAAGGCUAGAGAUUUUGUUGCAUCAAUCUGCCAAUAGGUCCUGUGCAGAUUGUGGAUCUCUAGAUCCAAAAUGGGUAUCUUUAAGCUUUGGAGUAUUUAUUUGUAUAAAGUGUUCUGGUGUACAUAGAAGCCUGGGAGUGCAUAUAUCAAAG